UUAGCAUCGCAAGAAUUUGAAGCAGUUGUUGUAACGCGCGGAAACGUUCAAACGAGCGGAACGAGUUUGAUUUGGACAAAUUUCUACGGCGUGAAGUUAGCUGCCGAACACUGCAAUCACUUUGGCGCUCUGAACUUGCCGAUGAGCACCCACGACGAAACUCUCGAUGCCCAUCGCUGCGGCAUCUAGAAUAAUUUAUAAUAGGCCGAAGAAGAAAAAAAUAGUUGUUUUGUCAUUAUUUACGUUAUGAUGAUGAUGAUGCUACUGCUGAUGAUGAUAAUGAUGGUGAUGAUGAUGAUGGUGAUGAUGGUGAUGAUUAAGAAAGAUGAUCAUUAACAAUUAAUGUUUAAUGUUGGGUCCAUGUCCUGAAGCCAAUAACCUAUAAGAGAAGAAAAAUUAUUAAUAUAAUCUACUUAUUAUUGAUACAGAUAAAAGUGACUGUUCUUUAAAUCAAGAAUGAAGGUGACGGUUACAACACUCAGUGAUGAGAUUUUUGUUCUUGAUGUCAGUGAAGAUUUGGAAUUGGAAAAUUUUAUAGCAUUUUGUGAAGUCGAAAGUGGAAUUGCUGCACACGAAAUUGUCAUUUUAUUCAAUGGACAACCGUUAUUAGAUUCAAAGAUGUCUCUUCGACAGUACGGUAUACACGAUGAAGACGCAGUGAUUUUGCAAAGAAUACGUCAGAUGAAUAAAGAUCCUUUUUUUUCUCAGAAUGAUUUUCCAAAUUUGGACUUUAGUUCUAUUAAAGUUCCUGGCGUGUCUGUCAACAAACCACAGCCACAAAAUAUAGGCCCUAAUGCCUUAGGUUAUUUUUCAAAAAGUGACGAUGAUCCGGCAAUGAUAAGAGAUAUGUUUUUAGCUAAUCCUGAUCAAUUAUCUCUUUUAAAACAAAAUAAUCCACGUUUAGCUGAUGCAUUAUUAUCAGGUGAUCUUGGUGCAUUUGCAAAAAUACUUCAAGAACAAGUCAAGAUUAGAGAAGAAAGACAAUCACAGAGAUUAAAAAUGAUGCAUGCAGACCCGUUUGAUUCCGAAGCUCAACGACUAAUAGCAGAAGAGAUUCGACAAAAAAAUAUUGAAGCUAAUAUGGAGGCGGCUAUGGAAUAUAAUCCAGAAACUUUUGGAACAGUAGUAAUGUUAUAUAUUAAUUGCAAAGUAAAUGGAUAUCCAGUUAAAGCAUUUAUAGAUUCAGGUGCUCAAACAACAAUUAUGUCCGCACAAUGUGCUGAAAGAUGCAAUAUUAUGCGACUUGUCGAUAUAAGAUGGUCUGGAGUAGCUAAGGGUGUAGGUGUUCAGCGAAUCAUUGGUCGUAUACAUAUGGUUCAAAUCCAAAUAGGCUGUGAUCACUUGACAACAUCCUUUAGUGUUCUUGAAGAACAACCAAUGGAUAUGCUACUUGGACUUGAUAUGUUGAAAAGACAUCAGUGUUGUAUAGAUCUUAAAAGAAACAUUCUAAAAAUUGGGACUACUGGAACAGAAACAUCGUUUUUAGCUGAAGGAGAUCUUCCUGAGUGUGCUCGACUAAGUAGUAACAUGGAUGAACCAAUGGAAGACAAACAUUUACAAAAAGCUUUAGAAGAUUGCUCGAAAGAUCAUCAAUUUCAAAAACAGCUAGGUAAUGGAAUCAACAGCAGUAAUAAAAAAGAUCAAGUUUCAAGUAAAGCGGAUAUUGAUGGGCUUGUUGGAAUAUCUGAUCCAUUUACAGAAAUUACCGUAAAAGAAAUCACAGCCCUUGGUUUUCCAAGAAAUCAAGUUAUUUUUGAGCUUCGCAGAUUUAAUGGAGACAAAGUUCAAGCAAUCGCAGCUUUGUUCGCGGAAUCCCUUAAAUUUUGAUAGUUUUUAGUAUACAAACACUUUUGAUUUAAUCUUUGUUUUUUUACUAUUUGUGUAUGAUUCUAAUAAUUUCUAAUUUUAUGUGAUAGUAUUUAAAAUACAAACAAUUAUAUUUUUUGUUUUUUAACGAAGUUUAAUGUCUUAGUAUCGAAUUCAUCUGAUUGGAGAAUGUCGGAAAAGAUAUCGAAUCACCCAAACAUUGGUUUUCAACUUAAGAGACGAAGUACGAUAAGCUAAUUUAUAAGGAAUCCAAAGAAAACUAACUGGAAGGGCUGUAGAGCGCAACUAAAUACAAAGAUCAGUAGUUUCCCUGCUUCAUACAAAA